GUUGUGUUGCCGUCUCUGAUGGCGGGGUCCUCACUGCCUUUUCUCCUGCUCAGAGUCCUCUUCCUUUCGUUUGCUUGCACGAUUCGAGGAAGUGAAGGUAUCGGUAGAUGGAGUGGAGACUUGUCCAAUUCAAAGACACUCUGGACAGACACCCCUGAUGACGGCUGCAUCUCUGGGCCCCACAACGUCAGCGGCGGACGCUUAUCCUGUCCUGGAAUGAACGAAAUCUUUUUUAUUUGUUGGGUUGCGACCUUGUCUUGCGGGGAGAGGUCACGUUGCACACGCCAAGAUCGUGGGGCGAACGGACGCUUCUCGAUCACUUUAACGCCAGGCACGGAUACAGAAGCCUGAUUUGCUUUUAUAUGCGGGGACCCCACGGGGGUACAACUCGUCGGUCCCCUCUCCCCCGCACCCCAUACUCCUCUUCCUCCGUUCCGAGCCCGCAACCAUGACCGACAAGCAGUCCUACGAUUCCGAGACUGGUAUGGCCGAAGAGGUCAACCUCAACAACAAUAUCUCGGCCAAGAUUCGCAACCCGCUCGCCGGCAUGACGCGCGAUGCCCUCAUGUCUCAGGUCGAUGAUUUCGCCUCUGAACAUGACAUGCACGACAUCACUCCCAUCCUCCGCAAGGGCGCUCUCGUCGCCCAGGACCCCACGGCCUUCGAGACAUUAACAGAACUCGAAGAGGACGAGAAGGUCGCUCUCAGGGAGGAGAUCACCCACAAGUGGAAGCAGCCCAAGGCGCUCUACAUGACGAUCAUUUUGGCCAGUGUAGCCGCCGCUGUCCAGGGAUGGGACCAGACAGGGUCGAACGGAGCUAACCUCUCGUUCCCUAAAGAGUUCGGUAUCGAUAAGAGCACCGGGGUUGACCCAUGGCUCGUUGGCGUCGUCAACUCUGCGCCAUACAUUGCGUCUGCUGGGCUUGGUUGCUGGCUCGCUGACCCGCUCAACUACUGGCUCGGCCGCCGUGGAUGCAUCUUCAUCUCCGCCAUCUUCUGUUUCGUCUCUGUCAUCGGUUCCGGCUUCACACAAACUUGGCAACAACUCUUCGUUUGUCGUCUACUUCUCGGAAUCGGUAUGGGCGCAAAGGCCUCCACAGUUGCACCGUACGCGGCCGAAAACACGCCAGCGAGUAUUCGAGGUGGCCUGGUCAUGAGUUGGCAGUUGUGGACUGCUUUUGGCAUUUUCCUCGGCUUUUCGGCGAACUUGGCGGUGCUUGAUACGGGCAAAAUCGCAUGGCGACUCCAGCUCGGCUCUGCGUUCAUCCCUGCCGUUCCUCUCCUCGCCAUCUACGUCUGCCCAGAAUCGCCUCGUUGGUACCUGAAGAAGCACCGUCACCGAGACGCCUACAACUCACUCCUCCGCCUGCGUAACCACCCGAUCCAAGCUGCACGAGACCUGUACUACAUUUCUGCGCAGCUCAAGGAGGAGGCCGCUAUCAUCGGCGAGAGCACUUACCUCAAGCGAAUCAUCGAGCUGUUCACCGUACCGAGGAUCAGGAGGGCUACACUUGCUAGCUUCACAGUCAUGAUUGCGCAGCAGAUGUGUGGUAUCAACAUCAUCGCGUUCUACUCGUCGACUAUCUUCGCCGACGCAGGCUUCUCCCCCAAAUCUGCCCUCUUGGCCUCCUGGGGCUUCGGACUGAUCAACUUCGUCUUCGCUUUCCCCGCCAUUCGAACGAUCGACUCCUUCGGCCGUCGCUCCCUCCUCCUCUUCACUUUCCCCCAAAUGGCCUGGACACUCCUCACCGCCGGCCUCUGCACCCUCAUCCCUCCCGGCCGCGCCCAUCUCGCCCUCGUCGCCAUGUUCGUCUACAUCUUCGCCGCGUUCUACUCACCCGGCGAGGGCCCCGUACCGUUCACUUACUCCGCCGAGGUGUUCCCGCUGAGCCAUCGUGAGGUGGGUAUGGCGUGGGCUGUGGCGACUUGUCUUGGCUGGGCCGCUGUGCUGUCGAUUUCGCUACCGGCGAUGUUGGCGAAGAUGGGGACGUUGGGCGUGUUCUGCUUCUAUGCGGGGUUGAACGUUACGGCGCUUGUGAUGAUCUUUUUCUGGGUGCCGGAGACGAAGCAGAGGACGCUGGAGGAGUUGGAUUAUGUCUUCGCUGUCCCAACACGGACGCACAUGCACUACCAGCUCACGAAAUCCCUACCCUACUUCAUCUCGCGCUACGUCUUCCGGAACAAAUCUGCCGUCCUCGAGCCGCUGUACCACUUCGACACGCCGAAGCACCACCAACACCAUGGGGGUGUGUCGACGCCACCGGUGGAUGAGAAGGCGGAUAUUCGGGAGGAGGUGGAGAAGGUUGAGUGA